AUGCAUACACACAUAAUUCAGCAUGAAACAUCUACUACAUCUAUAUGUCUAGAAAAUUUGACACAAGGAAGCAGUUAUAAGCUUUGUGUAACAGAGACAACUUAUGCCUGCAAAAGUUCAUAUUGGAAUUGUAUUAUCAAAACUAUUCCUACAUUUAGACAACAACAACAACAACACGAAUCAUUAUUAUUACCAUCCACUACAGAUUCAUCCUCAUUUCCUCAAACAUUGUCAACUAUUCAUCAGCCGAUCAUUAAUAAUUUAAAACUUAUAAGUUCAGGUGGUAAUUGGGUACAGAUAUCUUGGUUACCGUCACCGGCGUUAGUGAAAUCUCAGCGAGCGAAUCAAAUCCCUUAUGCUUAUAUACUUUUAGCUAUUUCAAAGUCAAGAUCAGUUCAGUGUUAUGAUCGAAUCUAUAGUAUUCAAGCACCGUGGGUAUGUUAUCUUUAA